AUGAUGUCCCGCCUCUUCACGCUCUCCGCGCUCGCAAUCCUUGCCACCGCCAGCCCCAUGCCGAACACCCCCGCCCCGCAGAGCUGCAGCACCGGCCCCAUCCAGUGCUGCAACCAGGUCACCUCGGCGAGCAGCUCACUCGCCUCCGUGCUGCUCGGCGCCCUCGGCCUCGUCGUGCAGGACCUCAAUCUGCCCGUGGGCAUCGCCUGCGCACCCAUCACCGGGAUCGGCCUCGGAUCUGGAUCAGCCUGCUCGGCGAUCACCGUUUGCUGCGAGGACAACUCCGUAGGCUCGCUCAUCUCUAUCGGCUGUAUUCCGAUUAUCCUAUGA